GCGCGGGAACCCUACCUGCGGGCGGCCAAGCGGCUGAUCGACGCCUGCGUGCGCUACGAGGAGGACUGGGGCGAAGCCGACCCUGAUACCCGCGCCGCUUUCCUGCUCGGGGGCGCUGGCAUCUACGCCGCGGCCACCCUGGUCUCCCAGGCGCUCGGACUACCCGAAUGGGCCACGUCGCUGGGCAAGUUUCGGGAGCUGUGCGAGCCGUGCGUCCCCAUCUCCUUCCUUGAGUGCGGUUCGGACGAGCUCUUCGUAGGCCGCGCCGGCUAUCUGUGCGCGGCCCUGCUGCUGAAGCAGAAGCUGGGGAUGGAGAUACUGACUCCAACACAAAUCAAGUCAAUUUGUCAGGCAGUGUUAGAAUCUGGAAAACAAUAUGCACUGAGGAAAAGAAAACCAGUUCCCCUCAUGUAUUCUUACUAUGGAACAGAAUAUCUUGGAGCUGCCCAUGGACUCUCAUCUAUCCUACAAAUGCUGCUUUCCUAUUAUGAAUAUCUCCCACCAGCUGAUCAGGAACUAGUAUGGCAGAGUGUUGAUUUUCUCAUGGAUCAAGAACAGAAUUGCAACUGGCCUCCAGAAUUGGGAGAGAUGAUUGAGCGAGAGAAUGAACUUGUACACUGGUGUCAUGGAGCUCCAGGCAUUGCAUACAUGUUUGCAAAAGCAUAUUUGGUUUCUAAAAAGCCCCAGUAUCUAGACACUUGUAUCCGCUGUGGAGAGCUAACUUGGCAGAAAGGACUGCUGAAAAAAGGACCCGGAAUAUGUCAUGGGGUGGCUGGCAGUGCUUAUGUGUUCCUGCUCCUAUACAGGCUAACAGGAAAUUCUAAAUACAUGUACAGAGCACAAAGGUUUGCUGAGUUUUUGUUUACUGAAGAAUUUAAGGCUGGUUCCAGGGCAUUGGAAAAUGUUUACAGUCUGUUUGAAGGUUUCUCAGGGACAGUGUGUUUCCUGGUUGAUUUGCUGCAGCCUAACCAGGCUGAGUUCCCUCUCUUCAGCAUCUUUGUGUAA